CGCGCACACGUUGGCGUUGUUCUCAGGCUUUUGUUAGCGAGGGUGGGAGAGAGACAGACAUGUCACAGCGAAUAGGGGCUUUUUCUUCCCUCCUUUUCAUUUUUGUCGCGGUCAGGUUUUAAUGUAAUGGUCUCACUGUGAAUGUGUCACAUAUAGGAGCCCACAGGUCACGGAUUAAAUCAGUUUUAUUAGCGCCAUUAGCGAGUUGGUUUAUUAUGAGUGUGUGUAAUCAUGGCAGAGUUCUCACUGCAGGAAAGUUAGCUAGCUCAGUGGGCUUUUUCUUCUCUUCUCCUCCUCCUCCUCCUCCUCCUCUUCCUCCGCAGUCAGCCUCGGCGUGUUUCAGGCAGUAUGAGGGUGCUGGUGUGGCUUGGCGUCGGGGUGUAGCUUCAGAGAUGUUCAGCAGAAACAGCAGCUAGAUUUCAGCUCGAGUUAAAACACAGCAGCAGCUCCCAGGGACCAGGACACGGGGUCAGAAAGCUCCUUCUUCUAAAGAAACCACGGAUAAAGUGGGCUUUGCUUUCAGAGAAACUAGCUUGAGAGGCUUCCCCUUCCGAGACUCACUGUUUAUCCACCAGCUCAGGCUUCUCCCGAGCCGACAACCAGCAGCUGCACUCGGUUAGCUUUAGCCUGCUAGCUGCUCCGGCACACACACACACACACACACACACACACACUCUCUCUCUCUCUGCACGGUUAGCCUCAGUGCUAGCGCCGCUAGCUGCCUCUUCACCUCCCUCCUGCCGCUCUCCCCCUCUCUCCCCCUAUCUCUCUCUCUCUCUUUUUUUUUUUUGUUUGUUUGUUUUUUAAAGCGAUGUCGAAUAUAAACAACGACGCCGUGAUCCUGAUUAAAGACGUAAAACCGGGAUCUAAAAACCUGCAUAUCGUCUUUAUAGUUUUGGAAAUAGGUCGUGUGACCAAGACAAAGGACGGACACGAAGUGCGCUCCUGUAAAGUGGCGGAUAAGAGCGGCAGUAUCGCCAUCUCCGUCUGGGAUGAACUGGGCAGCCUUAUCCAGCCUGGGGACAUCAUCCGCCUUACACGAGGCUAUGCCUCUAUUUGGAAGGGGUGUCUUACCUUGUACACGGGCCGAGGUGGAGAUCUGCAGAAAAUCGGAGAGUUCUGCAUGGUGUACUCAGAAGUUCCAAACUUCAGUGAGCCAAAUCCUGAGCUGCUAGCCCAAGCCAACCAGCAGAACAAAACGGGUAAAGAACAGCGUGGAAACUCCCCGCCUAACCAAAACGCACCUCCUCCUCCUGUCCAAGCAGGAAAUGGCACCAUGCAGACGUAUCCCAAUAAUAACGCACCCCCUCCAGCCAACUUCCCAGCUCCCGGGAGAGCGAAUGGCCGUGUUCCUGGAAACGGCCCGCCACCGGUCACUGCAGGACAGCCUGCACCUCCUAAACCGUCCGUCACCAUCAGCAACGGCAGGGACCCUCGACGCGCUUCCAAGAGAUGAAGCACACUCGAAGCUUGAAUGUUUUUUUUUCUAAAUAACUGCCAAUCAAGAGACGCAAAGUCUAAUAUCACAGUGCAGUCAGCUGAGUAUUGGCUUUGUCCUCGUUCACCUAGGACUGUUAGAGUAGAGUUUCUGGAGAACAGUUGAAGCAACUUGAUUUUGUUUAAGAUCUCCACCAUGUCGUCUUCUUUAGUGCAGGUCUCGACACGUGCCCUCAUCAUGUGGUGUUUCAGCCAUCCACCCUUACUUGAACACUCGAUGCACUUUCUUCGCUUAAUUUAUAGUGAAUUGCUGUUAAAGGAAUUCAGGAAUGGUUAACUGCUGUUGUAAAAGCGCAGACGGAAGCCGCUGGCUGCCUUUUCUUUGUGUGGAAGGGGGUACGCCCUUCAGCCAAAAACAUACCAAAAGUGACUGUGCGAAAGAGGUGAUGGUUUGAUUCUGACACUUAGAAUUAUUUAAUUAGAAAUAAAACUAGAAAUUAACAAA